AUGUCGGCAACCACACGGAGAGAAGACCCCUUCAAGCCGGCGAAGAGAGUAGCAGGCCAGAAGCAGGAUGUCUGGUCUAUUGUCAAUGAAGCUGCAGCUGCAUCGCCGGUCCAGCCCAUUGUCAACAUGGGUCAGGGCUUCUUUGGCUACAACCCGCCCCAAUUCGUCCUCGACGCCGCCAAAGCCGCGCUUGACCAAGUAGAUUGCAACCAGUAUUCGCCUACCAAGGGCCGCCCUCGGCUAAAAAAGGCCAUUGCAGAUGCCUACUCUCCCUUCUUCGGUCGCACCCUAGACCCUGAGAAGGAGGUCACCAUUACGACUGGCGCAAACGAGGGCAUGCUCAGUGCCUUCAUGGCCUUCCUUGAACAAGGCGACGAAGUCAUCGUCUUUGAGCCCUUCUUCGACCAGUACAUCAGCAACAUCGAGAUGCCAGGCGGCAAAGUCGUCUAUGUGCCCAUGCACCCACCCAAGCAUGGCGCAACAAAAACCACCUCCGCAGCAGAAUGGUCCUUGGACAUCAAAGAGCUUGAGGCUGCCAUAACGCCCAAGACGCGCAUGAUUGUCCUCAACUCUCCUCACAACCCUAUUGGCAAGGUCUUCUCAAAGGAAGAGCUGCAAAACAUUGCUGAUAUCUGCGUCAAACACAACAUCAUCAUUCUCUCAGAUGAAGUCUACGACCGCUUGUACUACGUUCCCUUCACCCGCGUAGCCACUCUCUCUCCAGACGUAGCCAAACUCACUUUGACAGUAGGCUCUGGCGGAAAGAACUUCUACGCUACCGGGUGGAGAGUAGGUUGGCUGAUUGGUCCCGAGCAUCUCAUCAAGUAUGUCAGUGCAGCACAUACCCGCAUCUGCUACAGUAGUGUCUCCCCUCUCCAAGAAGCAACCGCCAUCGGUUUUGAGCAAGCCGAUGUACACAACUUCUGGGAUGAAUCCAAGAAAGAGAUGAAGGCCAAGAUGGACAAGUUCACUGCUGUCUUUGACGAGCUCAAGUUGCCUUAUUCUGAUCCUGAAGGGGGCUACUUCGUUCUUGUCAACAUGUCAAAGGUUAGACUGCCGGAUGAUUACGAAUUUCCACCUCAUGUUGCCGAGAGGCCACGGGAUUUCAAGCUCAGCUGGUUCUUGAUCAAAGAAGUGGGUGUCGCCGCAAUUCCCCCAACCGAGUUUUUCACCCCCGGCAAUGCGCACAUUGUGGAAGAUUGGUUGCGCUUCGCAGUUUGCAAGAACGAUGAUGUACUAGAGAGGGCUAUGGAUAGGCUGAGAAGUCUGAAGAAGUACAUAAAGGAUUGAGUCAAUGAGCAAGAUAUGAUGCAAGCUUGGCAGCCCUUGUGGCUCAUACACCGUGUCUGGCACUUUAUUGACAGAAGGACUUGUCGCAUGUAAAGUACUACUUCAAGAACCAGACAAGGAUGAUAAAGAACUCCUUGCUUCCACAA